CACUGAUGACUUGCAAAACAUGUGGUGUUGUGAUAGCGGGCACUGCCGUGUUAUUCUCGGGUCAGUUGUUGGUUAUCAGGCGUCCUGCAAGUUUCUUGACGUCCUGGGAGUGUCACGGGUUUGGGACUGAAAAUGUGAAUUUAUCAAGUGACGUGCAGCAAUUAUGAACCCGAUGUAAGGGGCCAUGCAGUAUUCGUUCUUGGGAUUUCUGCGGGGCACCAGAGGAGAGGCACCGUUGUGAGGGACUUGUUAUUGUGCUGUUAUUGGCGACUAUGUGAUGCAAUGAUAUGCUCAUGUGUGUGCUACACGACCAGAGAAGAUGUAGCAAUGCACCCACAGAACACGGAAUCACCACGUGAAGAAAAUGUGAACAGCCUGUAUGAACCUACUUACAGGCAAGAACCCCUGUAUGAAAAUGUUGACAGGCAAGGAUUCGUCAACAGCCUGUAUGGAACUGUUGACAGGCAAGGAUCCGUCAACAGCCUGUAUGGAACUGUUGACAGGCAAGGAUCCGUCAACAGCCUGUAUGGAACUGUUGACAGGCAAGGAUCCGUCAACAGCCUGUAUGGAACUGUUGACAGGCAAGGAUCCGUCAACAGCCUGUAUGGAACUGUUGACAGGCAAGGAUCCGUCAACAGCCUGUAUGAACCUUUUGAAAAGUUUCGAGGCUCACAGUAGGGGCCAGCAUUAACAAUACUGCAAGACAGGUGGGUGUUGUCUGGCUCGUGAGUGCCCACUGCCCACACGCUUCACAAGGAACAAACACACUGUGGGACUUGAGGGAAAUAAUGAGAUCAACAAAACAAAAUGCUCAAGGGAAAGCAAAGUUAUUUUCCCUCUAAUUGUAUUCAUAUUUGGAAUGAUCUACAUCAUGACAUAUUGAUGACACACACACACACACACACACACACACACACCAGUAGACGACCAUAGGUGAAUGAGACACACACACACACACACACACACACACACACACACACACACCAAUAGACGACCAUAGGUGAAUGACACACACACACACACACACACACACACACACACACAAGUAGACGUCCAUAGGUGAAUGACACACACACACACACACACACACACACACACACACACACACACACACCUUUAUCAUGGAGUUUGCUGGCAGUGAUCAAUUAUUGUUUCUGUUACUACCCAAUAUGGAGAGAUUCCCACACAUACUUAUGCAACAGACCCACAUGCAGGGGUGGUCAGUGAGGAUCUGGUUGUUUGCCCUCACAGACCACACGGUUAAGAUGCUUCAAAUGUAGCCUUAGGAAGUGUUUUGAAUGUGUGUGUGUGUGUGUGUGUGUGUGUGUGUGUGUUCACAAGUGUACAAUAUGUUGAUUUCUCCCAUCAGUGAGCAAUUUAUGGCCAUUGGAAUUCCCACCAUUGUAUAAACAGCACAUUUGUUCAAAGGCAGUAAUAGUUACUGGCUAAUUACACUGCAUGUAUAAUAGACUCUUAACACAUGUAUAACCUUGUUAGGUGUGGCUUUAAUUAUGUUUCUGGUGUUGUGUUGUACAGCAUGUCCUGCACACACAGCUCAUUGCACCCCACUCCCUGAUUACUGCACAGCGUUUGCUCCGAGUGAAUGUUUCAACACUUGGCUGCAAGUUAUGUGCUGAAGUAACAUUUGCAUGAUGAGGAAGCAGGAGCAUGACUGGCACAUUCAACCAAGCCCACGCAAACAAUUUUAAGGGAAUUGGUUUAUGUGAAGCUGAGAAAGAUAGUAUUUAAGUAUAUUUUGCCAAAGAAACUGUGAUAUUUAAUAAGCCAAAGAACUGUGAUCUUUAAUAAACAACUACGUACAUGAGAUAAAGUGGGCAUAUCUACCACCCUCCAGUCAGGAAACUCGUACGCACAGGAAACAGGUGGCUGAUAGCAGAUCUCAAAGAUAAAAGGCCAUGUUAUCAAACACUUCGCUGCUUUAUCUCUACUUGCAACAGGAUCCAGUGAAGGCUAGUGGGGUUUUCUAGGGAGUUUUCAUUCUAUUACUAAUCUAACAUGAAUUCUGCAUCAUUGAUGGGAAAAAACGUGCAUGGAAGGCCAACUAAAUACCUCUGGCCUUUGAAGAAUAGUCCUGAUAAGAGAAGAGGACAUUUUAAAAGUACACCGUGACCGUUCUAGACCCUCAAAAUACCGUCAUAUUGCUUUAAUUUCCUGCUUAUCCAAAGUUUUUGAAUCUAUCCUCAACAGGAAGAUUCUUAAACAUAUAUCAUUUCACAAUCUUCUAUCUGAUCGCCAGUAUGGGUUCCGUCAAGGCCGCUCUACUGGUGAUCUUCUGGCUUUCCUUACUGAGACUUGAUCAUCCCCUUUUAGAGAUUUUGGUGAAACUUUUGCUGUUGUCUUAGACACAUCAAAAGCUUUUAAUAGAGUCUGGCAUAAAGCUCUGAUUUCCAAACUAACCUCCUACGGCUUUUGUCCUCUCUGUAACUUCAUCUCAAGUUUCCCUUCUGACUGUUCUAUUGCUGCUGUGGUAGACGGUCAAUGUUCUUCUCCUAAAGUGGUGUUCCUCAGGGUUCUGUCCUGUCACCCACUCUCUUCCUAUUAUUCAUUAAUGAUCUUCUAAACCAAACUUCUUGUCCUAUCCACUCCUACGCUGAUGAUACCACCCUGCACUUUUCCACGUCUUUUCAUAGACGACCAACACUAUAACUAUCCCCUCUUCUUCAAUGACAUCCAACAGUCCCCUCUUCUACACUGAACAUCCUCGGCCUGUCCUUUACAUUAUCUAAACUGGAAACUUCACAUCUCAUCUCUAGCUAAAACAGCUUCUAUGAAGUUAGGUGUUUUGAGACGUCUCCGCCAGUUUUUCUCACUCCCCCAGCUGCUAACUCUGUACAAGGGCCUUAUCUGUCCAUGUAUAGAUUAUGCUUCACAUGUCUGGGGGUGUUCCACUCAUACAGCUCUUCUAGACAGAAUGGAAUCAAAAGCUUUUCGUCUCAUCAACUCCUCUCUUCUAAUUGACUGUCUUCAGCCUCUUUUUCAUUGCUGCAAUGUUGCAUCUCUUGCUAUCUUUUACCGUUAUUUUCAUGCUAAACUACUCUUCUGAUCUUGUUAACUGCAUGCCUCCCCUCCUCCCGCGGCCUCGCUGCACAAGACUUUCUUCUUUCUCUCAUCCCUAUUCUGUCCACUUCUCUAACGCAAGAGUUAACCAGUAUUCUCAAUCAUUCAUCCCUUUUUCUGGUAAAUUCUGAAACUCCCUGCCUGCUUCUGUAUUUCCACCUUCCUAUGACUUGAAUUCCUUCAGCAUUAAAAGACAGCUGAGGGUAGCAGAGGAGUGGGGGAAGGUGUGGCAAGUCACCUUCGCUCCGGACAAGACACGUGAUGGUCAUCUCACUGUCCCCUGCCGCUUCACAGGCCGUGGAAGGACAGCUGCGGUUUGAGGGCGUGCAGCUGCCUCUCCAGGACCACAUCAAGAUUCUGGGAGUCACCAUGGACUGCGAGCUGCGCUACGACACUCAUAUCAUGUCUGUAGCCCGCCAGACCUCUCGGCGUGUGUCAGCCCUCCGUAGGGUGACGGGCAGUCUGGACUCGCGAGGCAUCCUCACUCUCUACAAGGCACAAAUCCGUCCCUGUAUGAAGUGCGGUGCCCUGACGUGCAUGUCCAGCGCCCCCACCCACACCAGGCGCCUCGAUGCGGUGCAGAGACGUGCUCUUCGUCUACUGGGGUGUGACGAGGAGUUGGCAGCCAGAAUCACGUCACUGGAGCACCGGCGGGACGUGUCAGCCUUGGUGGUGUGUCACAAGACUCAGGUGCAGCACACCCCUCACUUCACCCACCUGUGUCUGCCGCCACACCCAGGCCAGAGGAUGACGAGGCAAGCAGGGGCAGGAAGCCAGCAGGUGUUGGUGACUCUCUCCCGCUCCUCACAACACCAGCGAACCUUCAAUGCCAGGGCAGCGCGCCUGUGGAACCACUUCACGCAGGCCACACCUGAUGUGACCCGACUGUCCACACAUCAGGCAAAAGUGGCUGCCAAUGUCUGGAGGGGCGCGCGCCCUACACCGCUGGUUUGUGAAAUUAAAUGAUAUAAAGACUUUCAAAAUAGUUGCUUGUGACAGCAAGAAACUUUAAGUUUAAAUUUUGUAAUAAUAUUCACGCUGUAAAUAUAGUUUAAAUAAAAUAAAAAAUAUAUAAUAUAUAUAUAGAGUAUACGCACUGUUAAACUUUCAUGUGGUUAAUAAAACCUUAUGAAAU